AGAGUAUUUGUAGACAGAAUUUCUCGUGCUUAUGUAUGUAUAUUUCUCUGUCUCUCUUUAAUACUUCCAGUUACUACUUUUUAUUCAGGCUCUUUCAUUGCUUCAUUUUUUUUUUUGUGCUUGAUAACUGAUAGUCACUGUUUCAUUUCCAAGACUUGUGUCCAGAUGAGGGGAUCUUCACAUAAGUAGUGGUUACUCUAACUUAAGCUUCUCUUUUACUUAAGCGAAACAGGCAGCUGUUAAUUCAGACAGUGGCUUCAUUUGGUCAUUUUUUUUCCUGUGUUGAUUUAAUUCUAUUUCCAAAGUUAUUUACAAGUGAAAUUAAUAAUAAACAUUUUUUGAUGUAUAUAUUAUUAAAAUCUUUAUGAAAAUCCUUAGCCUCUCAAAUAUAACUGAUGUAGCAUCUUCAAAAAAGAUAAGUUUGUCUAUCAAAGUUAACUAUAUGUUCUGAAGGAGGAUGUGUUUGCAUCUCACUUGUCAUGUUCUGUGUUGGUAUACUUAAGAAUUACUAGAAUAAAAUUAGAUUAAGUACUCUUAUAUUUUAUGGUGUGGUAAACUAUUCAUUAGCUCCAGAACUAAUGCUAAAUUAAGGUACUGAAAUUCUGAUUGGAGCAUAAUUAAUUUAGUAAAAAUAACAAUAAAAAAACUUCCUAUAUUCUCUGAGGAAAAAAUAGCCAAAAUACGUGUCCAUUGAGAAAUCUAGUGCUUAAAAAAAAAAAAAAAAGAAGAAGAAGAAAGUGUAUAUAUGCACUCUUAAAAAUAGAAGAAUUAUGCAGUAUUUGGAAGGAUGAAAUUUCACACAGGGUUUAUAAGACCUUCUGUGUCUCCUCAUAAUUAAACAUUUUUCUAGGACAGAAUAAAGAGCGGUCUGUUCACUGGCAGUUUAGAAUGUGUUUUAAUUAUCUAUAUAAUGUGUAGUAUACAUACAUAUGUAAAUACGUAUAUAUUUUUAUAUAUGUGUGUGUAUGUAUGUGCUACUGUAGUGAGAAAACUAACGAGUUUACAGCCUAAAGGUGAUCUCGGAAUUAAUGCAGAAUGAUUUACUACAUUAGCUCCAGUUAACUAAUGUUUCAUCAAAAUGUAAUUCGUUGUGGACAGUCUAGCUUAAAAGUGACUGAACUUCUCAUAUUUUCUUUGAGAGGCCUGCACUAUUGAGUUUACACCUGUCUCAGAAAACACUCAAAGAAUGUCUUACAAUUUGUUUUAAGUAUUUUCAAUUCAGUGCUGACAGGUUAUGCUUUUUUUUUUCCUUUGGUAAAAUGUCACUUUCUCCGUUUGUCAUUGAUUUGCAUAUGUUAUAUUUUGUAUUCUGUUCAGCCGUUCUAUUCUUUUUAUGAAGCAUUAUCGCUCAUUUUUCAAUGAUGUUUGGCUUCAGGAAGAAUUAUUUCUAAGCUACUAGUAUCUUUUGUUCUCCAUCUCUGGUUGUAGCAUUUGUUUUAGUGAUACUGUUUCUCCUCAGUAUGUUUGAGGGUUUUUUUUGUUUGUUUGUUUGUUUGUUUUAAUUGCUUUCUCCUUAUGGUGAUAGUGUGGUUCUUUCCUCCAAUCUUUAGAACAUAUUUCAGUUAUGCUGUUUGCCUUUCAGAUAGUUUCUGUGUUAGUUUUCACUCGUAAACUCUCCAGUCUUGAUCUUACUUCUGCUCUGGGCUGAUUCACCUCCUUUCUCUCUUCUACUCUCCAUAUUAUACUGAGGCUGGUAUCCGUAACAAAUAUAUCUUCCAAUUAUGGCUAAGGUAGGUUGCAGUAGUGGCUUUUUAAGAAAAGUCAUCGUAUUUGGAAUCACGAAGAUAUGCACGAUAUGUAUCAAGAACUGCUUGCUCUUCUGUCCUGCUUACAGUAUUUAUUCUUCUUGUGUCCCAUUCCAUGAAGCAGUCAGUAGUCGUGGGAAAAUGAACUGGCUGAAGUUGAUGAUACAAUUCAUGAGAAAUUAUGCAUGAAGAGAAUCUGUUUCCAUUGUUCAAACUACUUUCUGUCCAUGGCUGUUCGCUGCUAUGAAUCGCUAAUAUUGAAAGCUGAAGGAAAGGUCGAGUCUGAUUUCUUUUGUCAGUUAGGUCACUUCAACCUCUUAUUGGAAGAUUAUCCAAAAGCAUUAUCUGCAUACCAGAGGUACUACAGUUUACAAUCUGACUACUGGAAGAAUGCUGCCUUUUUAUAUGGCCUUGGUUUGGUCUACUUCCAUUACAAUGCCUUUCAGUGGGCAAUUAAAGCAUUUCAGGAGGCGCUUUAUGUUGAUCCCAGCUUUUGUCGAGCCAAGGAAAUUCAUUUGCGACUUGGGCUUAUGUUCAAAGUAAACACAGACUAUGAGUCUAGUUUAAAGCAUUUUCAGUUAGCUUUGAUCGACUGCAAUCCCUGCACUUUGUCUAACGCUGAAAUUCAGUUUCACAUUGCCCACUUAUAUGAAAUCCAGUUGUCUGCAUUUCAUGAACACCAAUUAAAAACCUUUUCUACCAACUUCCCCUUGUUCCAUUUCAAAAGAAAGUAUCACUCUGCAAAGGAAGCUUAU